AUGGCCUCGCGUCAAUGGCGACUGGCGGUAGUAUUGUUGUCAGCGUUGUUGUUACUGAGAUUCUGCUCUGCUGCCGACCCGAUUCGCCAGUUCAACUGGCAAGUCUCCUAUAUUACGGCCUCCCCUCUCGGUGUUCCCCAACAGGUGAUAGCUAUCAACGGUCAGUUCCCAGGCCCGGUUCUCCAGGUAACUACUAACUGGAAUGCAGUUGUGAAUGUCACAAAUAAUCUGGAUGAAGAUUUACUAUUCACUUGGAAUGGGAUUCAAUUGAGAAGAAACUCAUGGCAAGAUGGAGUUUUGGGAACCAACUGCCCAAUCCCAAAGGGUGAGAACUGGACUUAUGACUUCCAGGUUAAAGAUCAAAUUGGGAGUUUCUACUACUUCCCUUCUCUCAAUCUGCAGAGAGCAGCUGGAGGUUAUGGUGGCAUUAUCGUCGACAACCGGAGCGUCGUGCCGCUACCGUUCCCGUUGCCAGAUGGCGGCGACAUUACAGUUUUUAUUGGUGACUGGUUUAAUAAGAAUCACAGGGAUUUGAAGCAGCAGCUUGAUCAGGGGAAUGAACUUGGGAUUCCUGAUGGAGUGCUGAUUAAUGGCAAAGGACCUUAUAGAUAUAACAACACAGUACUUCCUUCUGGGAUUGAAUAUGAAACCAUUAAUGUUGAGCCUGGUAAAACAUAUCGGUUCCGCGUACAUAAUGUUGGAUCUUUCACAAGCUUGAACUUCAGAAUACAGUCCCAUAGCCUUCUUCUUGUGGAAACAGAAGGCUCCUACACUGUACAACAAAACUACACAGACUUUGACAUUCAUGUCGGACAAUCCUACUCUUUCCUCAUCACAAUGGAUCAAAACUCAAGCAAUGAUUAUUAUAUUGUUGCGAGCUCUCGAUUCAUGAAUGGAUCUCUUUGGAGUAGAGUCACAGGCGUCGCAGUUUUGCAUUAUUCUAGCUCAAAAAAUAAACCAAUUGGGCCUCUUCCUGAUCCGCCCAAUGAUCUCUUCUUCAAAGAGUACUCUAUGAAUCAAGCAAGAUCUAUCAGGUGGAAUUUAUCUGCAAGUGCUGCAAGGCCUAAUCCCCAAGGCUCAUUCAAGAUUGGCUCCAUCAAUAUCAGUGAAACUUAUGUGCUAAGAAAUAAAGCACCAAUCUCCAUUAAUGGAAAACUCCGAGCUACAAUCAAUGAUGUCUCUUACAUCUCUCCUGAUACACCUCUAAGACUCGCAGACAACUUCGCAAAUAUUACAGGUGUUUACAAGCUUGAUUUCCCUGUGAAACCUUUUCCUGGAGCUCCAAGAAUAGCUGCAUCAGUGAUCAAUUCAACAUACAAAGAUUUUGUUGAGAUUGUGUUUCAGAAUAAUGACAGCAUAGUUCAAACUUAUCACAUGGAUGGAUACUCAUUUUUUGUUGUCGGGUUUGCGUAUGGAGAAUGGACUGAAGCUUGUAGAAAUUCUUAUAACAAAUGGGAUGCUGUUGCACGCAGCACAAUCCAGGUGUACCCAGGAGCAUGGACUGCUAUUCUUGUGAUGCUUGACAAUGUAGGAAUUUGGAACCUUCGUGCAGGUUCUUUAGAAAGGUGGUAUCUUGGUCAAGAAACCUAUUUAAGGAUAGUAAAUCCAGAACCUAAUAACAGAACUGAGUUACCUAUUCCCAGCAAUGCACUGUACUGUGGCAAAGCUUACUGGCCAAAGAAUGUUACUGAUCAUGGCUCAGGAAGCUCACUUCUGCCUUCGCAUCUUUGUUCAGUGAUGGCAAUUCUUCUUGUUCUAACUAGUUAUCUGCUGAUGUAUAGGACGCUCAGAAGGCUACAUCCAGCAGGUCUAAAUGCUUGGUGGCGAAGUGGGCGUGAGAUUAGGCCGUCGGAAGCUGUGGCUUGGGAUUUCGGAAGAUUUCGACUGUAUUUGGUCGAAGAAGGCAAUGCUUAUUGCUAUGUGGAGUUAGAAUGCUUUGGUUGGAAGUGGGAUCCGGCUACUGAAAUCUCUUGA